GUGCUGCUUGCUUAAGUAUCCUUGCUGCCGCCCUCUGCACUGUCUUGCAUUAACCUAUCUAGUAAUUUGCACUUAAGUGUGGUGCGGGUGAACUAAAAGUAGUUCUCCCUUCAGACAGUGAUACAGGAUGUGGGACUUGGGGAAAGACGACAUGCAGACAUAUAUCUCAAGAGAUACAAACCCAGGGCCCGUUAAUCAGAGGGGAUGGAGAAUGGAUGGCUCGUUGGUUUUAAGUGAGGAGAGGAAGAAGUCAUGACACGUACUUCUCGUUUCGCUCCGUUGACCAAAUGAGGAACCAGAAAUUCUGAAUACUGCCUGGUCAUCAUGGCUCAUGCUACUAUAUAUGUGGGUUGCACUGUUCCUCAGUUACUGAGAGGUGCUCAGAGCAGAGUUUUUCCCUCUCAUUCUGCAUUGGGGAUAUUGAGACACUCUGCUUUUUGUUACUGCACAGGGAACGGCACAAUAAAAUCAAAAAGGAAAAUGGAUCAUCUAGAGAGGACAGCAAAUAAUUUUCGACAGGAGGUAAUUACACAAGCAAAAGUGUGUGGAAUCACCAAUGAAUCAGAGACCGUAAAAAGGCUUCGUUUGGCAAUUGCAAAUAAGGAUUUUACUUUCAAAGCAGGACAAUGGGUCGAUUUCUUUAUUCCUGGAGUAUCUGUAGUUGGGGGAUUCUCAAUAUGUUCAAGCCCUGGCCUGUUACAACAAGAAGGAAUACUAGAGCUUGCAGUAAAGCACACUGCUCAUCCUCCUGCUCACUGGAUUCACACUGAGUGUACUCUUGACUCAGAAGUGGCUCUGCGAGUGGGAGGUGAUUUCUUCUUUGAUCCUCAGCCUGGUGACUCGCCAGUAAACCUAGUGCUGAUAGCAGGGGGUGUUGGAAUUAACCCAUUGUUUUCUAUACUGCUGCAUAUAGCAGAUCUUCACGGAUACCAAGAGGGUAAAGGAAAUAGACACAAAUUGGGAACAGCGAAGCUGUACUACAGUGCAAAAAAUACGAGCGAACUCUUAUUUAAGAAAAAUAUUCUUGGUUUGAUGAAGGCGUUUCCUGGAAAGAUCACAUGUUGUUUCCACGUCACCCAGCAGCGCUCACAGAUCUGUGAAGAGCUGCAGCCACACAUUACAGAAGGAAGAAUAUCUGAAAAGGAUCUAGAGAAACACGUAUCUAACGAUACUUCAUGGUACAUCUGUGGUCCCCCUCCAAUGAUCGAAUCUAUAUCCAAACUACUCACUAACAUUGGUGUUCCUAGAAACUGUGUUUUCUUUGAGAAAUGGUGGUAGUGACACCUGCUGAAGAGAAAAUAUGUUAUUUUUUCCAGUGCAUUUUGAUAAGCUAAAAUGUACAGAAAUUACUAUGGACUACAAAUUAUUUGGAAGAUUUUAAUGAAGAUUUCCUCAAUGAUGAAAGUGGUCCUUUAAUUUAACUGUGAUACACCUGUAAUACAGUGCUGCUGCUUUAGGGGAAAGAAAAGUGAUUUUGUAUUAAAGACAUUAACUGUU